AUUAAGUUUGUUUGAUUUGACAGCUACGUCACGUCAACAGGGCAAGGGGCAAAUGACUUAACCGUACUGCCGACUCACAUUCACAUUUACAUAUAAUUAAGUGAAUUAAAUUAAUAAUUUUCUUAACCUUACAUGAUACAAAUGUAAGGAACGUAGCCGAUUCUAGAAAGGCUCUUAUGCACUGAAGAAACCAUGGAGAAGUUGUCACUGAAGGAGUUUUGCGCGGCUUACAAGAGGUGGGUGAUAAGUAAUCCUAAUUUGGUUACCGACGUCGAGACAGUGGCUACAUGGUCCUCAUACUUCGUCGCCGGGAAGAUAAACAAGUCACCUAUAGUCUCCGAACUCGUGUAUUCUCUGUCUAAGCUGCUUUCUUUGUUCAACGAUAAAUUAAUACGAGAGGCGUACGGCUCGGAAGUGCAGUUCUACAGUCUUAGGGAGCAGAUUAAGUUAUGGCUGACCGUUAUACAUUAUUCUGAGGUAUUUGUGGAGCUUGUGGUUAAGAACAGAUGGGGGAAUAAGGGGAAAUGGACGAUCGCUACGCUACUUCAACUGUUCAAGUGUUCUUCAGCUCUCAUACUACUCUUAAGGUUCAAGGAGCUUCCCAUUCAGCACCCUCCUGUGGCUGCGCUUCAAAGGAAGAAGUUCACUGAAGAAAAAACAAGUGAGGAUGGCGAGGGCUCAUUUUUCACUUUAAAACGUUCAGGAAGGGUGAUAAGACGCGUCGACGGCGCUCCGCCGGUCGCCUUCAGAGAUUGGCAGCCAGUGAAACUCAAAGAUGAUAACAGCCUGCCAGUUAACGUUAAGGACUUGGUGUAUGCUGAAUCUCUGCAUAUACUAAAGCCGCUGAUUCAUUUAGCGGCUAUGAGAGUGUUUGGAACUAAAGCGUGGCGGCAGUGGCUCGUAUCGUUAGGCAUCGACUUAGCUAGCUUGAAGCUGUAUAACCGUCACAUGAAAGACUUAACGGCUGACCAGAGGCUGGAGAUUAGCCGCAGGAAACUUGGGCUUGUACUAUAUUUAUUACGUAGCCCGAUGUACAAUGGGUAUUCAAAGAAUGUAAUAGAAAGUGUUCUGACAUCGGCGUCAAACAAGGUUCCGUUGAUGGCGUUUAUCUGUGGCCCAGUCAUACAGUAUCUUAGCCACUGGCAAGACAUAUAUUUCUACAUGUGGGCUUCAUAAAUGUCUAUAAUAUUUUGCACAUAGCUUGGGUACAGUAACAGCUGUCACCUCAAUAUAUAUUUUGCUGAAAUUGCGUUUCAAGGUUAAUUGAAUGGUGAUUACAGCUGUCACCAUACCCAAGCUAUGUGAAAUAUAUUAGAGGAGUAAAAAACAUACUACCAAAUCGUAGUAGUAAUUUGGUGACAUGGUUGUCUACCUGACUAUUUAUGUGUCAUUCUCAGAUAAAAGGUUCCACUGUUGAUAAUUAGAAACUAUCAUUACUAAUUACCAACAU